CUCGGAGUGGACUUACAUAGGCCUGAGUGUACGUGUAUGACACUUUGCGUGUCCCUGUAUGUUCUGGUGAUUUCUCGCCACUUUCAUUGUCACUUUCACAAGACACACCAGCUCCACCCCCCCCCCCCCACAUGCCAGCCCUUAAAGCCAAAGCAUCAAACGAGGGUCCCGUCCCAUUCCCGGAGAUCUCCAUCUCUGACGGGCUCAUAAGCUGUCAGCUGAGGAGACUUCAUGAGAAAGAGGAUGUGAAGACGAGUUUUUGUGUAACGGACGCUCACGGUAGAGAAGCAGCUGCUUUCAGCAUCCAGCCCCCAAACCUCAAAGAUAAGGGCAAGAUAAAAAAAAAAAAAAGAAAUAAAAAGCAGGGGAAGGAAGGAAGGAAGGGUGCUGCAGGUGACUGAGAGAGAAGAAAACGGAGGAGAGACGGAGAGAGACACGCCGGCAGCAUGGACAGCAGCUCGGGACAGCAGGACGCCCGGCUACCGCCAGCACUGCCCGCCAAGCUUCGGAGACAGCGCUACUCGGCAGCCAGCAUGAGCAGCUCGGGCUCCAGCAUCGGGACGGAGAUGGAAGGCAGCAGCCCAGCUUUCUCCCCAGGACCUGAAGCAGUCUUCACAGCCACAGACCAGCAGGCAGAGGGCAGUAAGCAGGCCACCUCGGAGGCCACCUACGUCAAUGUGGGUUUCAGAUGCCCCACCCGGCCCAGCUCUUCCAGAUGCCACUGGGCAAACCACAAGGCACUUUCCCAUGACAGCCCUCAGCAGGAAACACAGAAGCCACCACCAUUACCCAGAAAGUUGACCCGGGCACACUCCGUGCCCGGUGGCAGCCUGUUUCCCGCUCAGUUCAUUCAUACGAGUCUGAGUCCUGGGCAGCUUGGCCCCAUCUAUUGCCCCUCGGAGUCUGAGCCUCCACCAGUUUUCACUGCACCUCGCAGUCCUCUGUACUGCAGCAGCUUUCCACAGAGCCCUACAAUGGGGGCCCCCAGAGCAGCCAUGUCAGAGCUCAACUUUGACACACCCGACCAGGACCUGAAAAAAUACUUCACAGACCUGCACAACAGGGAGCUGGUGCACCAGGAACUGAUGGAACGCCACCGCCUGUCUCUGAUAGACACUGCAGCUCAUCUGGAGGCCCAGUUACAGGAAGGGAUUCUUAAACAGGAUGAUCACGAGGUUCCCAUGGACCUGCAGCUGGUUAAAGAGGAGGCACUCUGCGAAUCGGGUGAUGCACUCUAUUAUGCCGCCUGCUCGGCCACUUCAGUGGAGAAGCUGUUCACCAUCAAGGUCUACAAAGUACCACCAGGACCUGAUGUCGAACUGAACAUUCAGAAGGACCUGCCACCCCAUUUCAAUGUCCAGAAGCUUCAUGCCCACUUCCACUUUGGUCUACCAGUCAGUGACAAUAAUAAUGUGGCACUGGACAACGACGAAGGCCAGCUACCUAGGAGCCCCGUCUCAGUUGUGGGGGAGGCUCCGGCGGAGACGCUUCAGGACUUUGUGCGCCGGUCAUCCUCUCUACAUGCCACGCAGCCUCUGAUUUAUGAGCGCCUCAUCUGCCUGCUGCUCCUACAGCUGUGUGAGGGCCUGCAGCACCUCAAGAGCCACAAAGUCACCCACUGCGCACUCCGACUGGAGAAUCUCCUGCUGCUGCCCACAACUGAAGACCACAAGCUUCCAUGUCUGCUGAUCAGCAACUUCUCUCGGGCAAAGCAGAAGUGCGUCGGCCAGAAUCAAGACAGCUACUGCGAUCAGGACCGCCUGGCACCAGAAUUAAUCAGUGUAUCCCAGUACAAAAAAGCAGAUGAAUUUCAGCUUGGGAUUUUAAUCUAUGAAUGCCUCCAUCAGUCCAACCCCUUUGCAAGCGGUAUAGAGCUCAGCAAUGGGGAAUAUCGGCCCCAAGACCUCCCCAGUAUCCCCCAGAACACCAUCUACUCAUCUGGUCUCCAAAAACUCUCCCAGCUACUCCUGGAACCAGAGCCUGCAACACGGAUGCCAGUGUCAGAGGCCAAGUGUGUCCUGCAGGCACUCCUCUGGGGUCCACGAGAGGAUCUUUUUCAUGAAAACCAGCUGACCCCCUUCCUGACUUCUAACUGGCUAGAGGUGAAGCGCUGUGUGCUGCUGCUUCGGCAGGCUGAGACGGCCAUUGAGAGGAAAGGCAGCGCUGCUGCGGCUCUGCGUGCAGACCUGGAACAUUGGCUGAUGGUGCGCUACUUCACUACAGCUACAUCCCAGACAAUCUUCCACGCAGCCCGCCAGCUCCAGCUUUUCAGGCUCCAGGACCCCUGAACCCUGCCACUUCAACUGCUACCAGCAGCAGCUGCCACAGCUUGGGAGGAUGAGAUAAAGUAAAGUACCUCCUCUAUGACCCACACUUCUUAUAUGCUGGAAAUUGCAAACAAAAUUAAAAAAAUAUGAAUAAAACUGAGCUGUUUGCUAGUGUGCGGAACUGAAAAUCUUCAAUGUUCCUUGUAAAAGAUAAAAUAAGGAACAGAGAGACAUAUAUCGAAGGGAAAAAUUGUACCCAGCAUGCACUGGGAGCGAGUGGCCCACCAGCUUUAACCAUCAGCUACCCUAUUAGAGCAGGCAGAAUGGCUGCAUCAGCUGAAUAUGGCGUCAUGAGACAAUUUAAAU